CUGACUGUCGUUGUAUUGAAAAAUCAAGUUUCAGUAUCGUUCGUUCUUGCUUUCCGAUCUGCUGGGAGAGGUGAUGAUUUUCGGCAGCGACGCAGUGUUUUUGUGCAGUACAGAUUUGGUUGCCUUUGUGUGGUAUUUAUCCAGCUAGAAGAAAAUAGCUCACAACUGGUUUCUGACGUAAGCACGGUCUUAUCAGAAAGCGAUCCCGCUCUUCAGCUUACUGCGUCUUUAAACUUGCGAAAGGAAAAUACGCAUGAUUGUGGCAAGUUGUGUGUUUUUUUUUAUAGCAAAUUCAAUUCGUUGUCUUGGAUCUUGCGAGUUGGGUUUGCUUCUAGUCGAAAUGUUAAGAACCAGGUGCUUGAGGAUACUGAGGUACCGAAACCGUGUUUUAAACGGUAUCUUUAACAGUAUUAUUUAAUUUGAUAACAAUACAUUGUUCACAAAUUAGAUUAGCAGUAAAUUAUAUCAUAUUGUUACUGAUUCACAUGAGUAUGUAAAUCUCUUUCAACAGCAGCAAUUCUUAGUGGUCAUGUCCACCUUUUGAGCGAUAAUUAAUUAUCUUAUCAUUAGCUAUGUAGCUCAACCAAACGAAUUUGUUAUAUUGAAAUUGGAGUUUCAGAAGUUCAGGAGUGUAGACAUUUAGAACCUAUGCGUCAAUCGAGACGACAACGUUCGCCAAUUACGGUCUGUUGUUCACACCUCAAAGGCCAAACCUCAUAUUGUGAACUACUAAUGUAUCAGCGGUAGUAUCGAAAGGAAAGGUAAAUAGUUUGACAAAUACAAUACAGCUGAGAAAAGCGCACAUAAACUUUUUUUUGUACUACUUCGAUAAGAGCCACAUACGUGACUUGGUUUCGAGGAAGUUGAAGAGUUGUUUACUAUUGUAUACAUGAGAAAUUGUGUGAUAUAUCCAGUAUGAUUAUAAACAUUAGCAUGGUAUUAUUCAUUUAGGAUAAUUAAAAUAGCUGCAAACAUAUGAUUUGUUUGAAAUCGCGGGUUAAUAAAGAGUUCAAAUUUGUCAACGACUUUAAGUUUGAUCAUCGAAAUUUCGGUUUCACUGUGUGAUCUUGAGUAUCUGAACUUACACUAGAUCAUGCAUUUAUUGUGUUUUGGAAUUAACAAUACCUUCCUUUUCAGUUGGCCAGAUUCCGUUACAAGAUUGAAAGUACCAUUAUUUUUCUUCGAACAGAAGCCGUGGAGGUUUCGUCGGUUAAAAUAUUUCAGCCAAGUAUUGAUACAUUGGGUUCUAUCUUCUAUUUCGUAAAUGGCACCAGAACUAGGAAUUUUUUUAUCAAUUUUAUAUCUCAUCAUUAUUUUACUGUUUUGUCUAUCACAUUUAACUUAACAUUAGUAUAUUUAUUUUUUGUUGGUCCACUAGUCUUGAAGAUCUGCUGUCUGUAUUUAUGUUUUUCAAUCGCUCGUUAUCAAAAACUGUAAUAUUUUGAAAAACUUGGAUUUCGUGAGUAUAAUAAGACGCAGAAAUCAUAUGACAGACGAUACAGUUUUAUAUGUACUUUUUUGAUAAGGCUACAAAUUUGAUGGGACAUAAAAAUUUCUUAAAUUUUAGAUUUUAUUUGCCUGUAGAUAAAUUAGGACGGUACAAGUUUACUAAAAUGGUGCAACUAAUAUACAUAAUUGGCAAUUUAAUUAUUUUUUACUAAAGACUGUCCCAGAAAGUAUGGACGCAACCAAAAACAGCUGCCAUUUCGCAAUGGUUUAGAAUCUGUCAAUUUUUAUGGCUGCGUCCUGUUGUUUACACUCUUCUCUAACCACUUAUGCAGUUGUUUAUUCGUUUUCAUUAGUUUGUUUCGAAAUGCGUGGACUUUCAGCAGAACAACGUCGUAAAAUUGGGCACAGAACGCUGUCACUGAGAAAGAUAGCAAAAAUGGAAGUAGUAAGUGAAAACGCCGUGCGAAAUGCAAUCAGGAAGUUCAGUGAGGAUAACACCUUUGAGGAUAAAUCGAAAACGGGUCGAAAAAAAGGUCCUGCCAACGUUCAGUUGGAUAAACGUAUACUGAAGGCGUUCGAGCAAAAGAACGAGGUUUCAGUUCGGGAUGUGGCCAAAAAAGUGGGCACUUCGAAGUCAAAUGUUCUUCGUGCUAUAGAACGUUUGAAUCUUCGAACCUAUAAGAAGCAGAAACAACCAAAACGUAGUCCGAAACAAGAAGCAUCGAUCAGGCCGAGGGUUCGAAAGCUGUACAAUACGAUUCUUGCUGGUAAUUUGAACUGCAUAAUCAUGGACGACGAAACCUACGUGAAACUCGAUUACAAAUCCUUGCCGGAACCACAAUACCACGGUGCGAGAAGGGCAAGUGUUAAACCAGUCCGAGACAUCGAUUGAAGUCGAAAAAUUUAGUAAGAAAGCAAGCAAUUUGUAGCUGUGGUAAGAUUUCGAAACCUUUCAUCACCACUGCUUCAAUGAACAGCGAAAUAUACACCAAGGACAGGGUUGUUACGGUCGCGCGGAUUUCGCGGUUUUCGCGAAUUUCGCGGAUUUAGCGCGGUUUCUGCUAAGGUUUUGAUGCUAUGGCGCGGAUUUCGCGCGAAUAUCAAAAACAUCAUUCCACAUUUGUGCAUUAUGUGUUCGAAAAAAAAGUUCUUUGCAAAUUUUUGAAGCUUGUGAAUGAUUUGAAAUCCUAAAAAAUUAAAGAUGGGCGAACGUUUCAGCAAUUGGUUGAGCUGGCCGAAUUGGUGAAUGAUAAAACCUUGAUCAAACCAUAAUUUACUAGAAGGCGGUUCUAGUAAAUGUUUUCUUCAGUGGACAAAAUUUCGAUUUUAUGCUCUUCGAUCUCAAGUGGUACAAAUUGCUAUUUCAACAUAGCUGUUACCAAAAUUACAAAAACUUUUCGAUUUAUGUGAUUGCGUAUCCCCAUUCUAAUGCGGAAAUCGAGAGAAGAUUUUCGCACUCAAAGAUAUUGAUGUCUGAUGGAAGAUAUCGUCUCAGUGAAAAAACAUUCAAUAAUGCAAAGAACGUAAUAAACGGAAUGCUAUUCUUCAAUAAAAUGGUCACAAAUUGUGUGUAUGAUAAAAAUUGCAUUCUCAAAGCAAAAUUGGCACGACUGGCUUACGAAGCGAAGUUGGACAAGAAAGGAAACGAAGAAGUUCUGCGAUUCCAUCCGUGGUGAUAAGAAAUUGUUCUAAUAGUUUGUUGAGUUUACUAUCCAACAUUUUCAAUUGUUCUUGCGCUCUGGAAUUUUUUCUGAAAUAUGGUAGAAAUCCUAUGUGAACAAGGGUAUAGGGGCGAACUUAGGGGUCCUUCACGGGACCCGCCGAGCAAAAAAAAAAUGUCAUUUAGUUAGUAAGGGAUACACAAAUAAAUCUUGCCCCGGUCCCAUCCAUACGUAAAAGUAGCGCUGCUGUACAAAUUCACCAUUUACUGUUACCUCUGGAGUUCCUCAAUGAAGUCACCUUGGACCUUUUAUAGUUUUAUUGUAUCUCAAGGAUCUAAAUUUUUCGAUCAAUUGUAUGAAACUAACGUUCGCCGAUGUCUUCCAUAUUUCAUAUUUGUUCUUUUAGUAGCAAAUAGUUUGUAUUCAAGUUCGACUAUAAUAUUCCACAAACUGUUCUUGAACGCGCAUCGUCUGUUAAGGACCUGUAUGUUCUUUUGGAUUCCAAGAUAAAUUUUAAAGAGCACAUAGAGCUUACUAUCUCCAAAGCCUCUAAGCUAUUAAGAUUAGUGUUAUCGGACCCAUCCGAAAAGCGCUCACCUUACCACCGCACGUCAUGGUCAUCGAGGAACGCGGUUUGUUAAACGAAAAAAGGAAGAAAAGAAGUAAGUGACGCAUUGAUUUCCUGUGGGUGAAAAGAGCACACUCAGUUCGCUUAAGUUCAUUUUGUUUGAUAUAUUUGCCCGAUUAAGUCGAUUUACUAUAUAAGUAAAAGCUAUAUCUAAGGUUGGCUAGUGCUAAUUGCUACAAGCGAAGAGUUACCUAACCUAAUUUAAGGAGUCUAUACUAUAGUCGGAACACUCAGGCUCAGUGUUUCUAAGCCGACUGCUCGGUGAGGUUAGAAGACCGUAAGACUAACGAGGAAACUAAACGUAAGUCGAUCAAUUUCUUUAACUUAAAAUACCAUCAAUGAAGUCUCUAAAUUAUAUAAGUUUAUACAUGAUACUUAUCACUGAAAAUUUAUCGCAGGAAUAUUAUAAUCUCCCAAACCUAAAUUCAUCGUUUUUAUUACCGGAGAUUAUACAUUCGGAAUUAACCUUCCACACGCACGUUGACCAAAUUUGUCAACAUCUUAUAAUAUUCGUUUACUGUACGGUACUAAAUUGAGCAAUGUCAAGUCGAUCUAAGACGGGCGCGAAGAACGGUUCUAAGAAAACGCGAUCGAAUGCGAUGUUAGGUGUUAAAGGUGGGUGCGAAGUCCAAGUGGAAGAUGGUGCGUGUAGUAGUGUGUCAGUGGUGGUCGAGGAAAACUCGGAGGCAAAUAAGCAACCGGACGAAACUCUACCCGGACAAGCAUGCAAGACAUGCGAUGGUCCGGACACCGACGACAUGGUUCAGUGUGACGAGUGCGAUAAGUGGUAUCAUUUUGCUUGCGUGGGGGUAACGAAGGAGAUCGAGAACCAGAGCUGGAGCUGUCUCAAAUGCGUUAAGGCAAAAGAGGUCCAGCGACGAACUACAAUCCCCAACCAGAAUCCAGCGCUAGUGAAGCAAUUAUCCGACCGCAGAAACGAAGAACCAGUAGCUACAGAGGAUCAACAACUUCCCGGUGCACAACCGUUUCAAUCACCAAAAACGGAUACCUCGUUCGGGACAAAGGCAGAAUCAAAACAGUCAGUCACAGGAGCCUUAUCAGUUGUUUCACGUAUUUCCUCAAAAUGUUCGUUGCUGAAAUUGGAGUUAAUGAAACUGGAGGAGGAACACGAGCUCGAAAAACAGGCAGCUGAGAAGCGGCGUCUGUACGUUGACAGAAAGUAUGACAUUCUUAAGCAGUUGGCAAACCGAUCAAACGUUGGUUCCUGUGACGGGUUAAGUCGAGCGAAUGACGGUGUGGAAAAUGGUCGUAGUCGAGUGAACGAUUGGAUAAAAAACGUAAACGCAUUCCAAGAUGAAAGAAAUGAAUCGAAUCAGCGUUCAGAGUAUUUCAGUCCUCAGAAAUUUUCUACAUUCAUUUCUUCUUGCAUUGCCAGAGAACAAUCUAGUCCUGGGAAUGAACAACGUUCGGAAUCAAAUAAGUCUCAUCACGAUCAGCAGUCGUAUUCGGAAGUUUCUUGCAGCUACAUAAGAAAUUUCAGUCAAAGGUCGAUCCAGGAAUCGGAAACACGAAAUCAACGCCGUGAAAAUCAGCAGCGCACCGGAACCGGUGGUAGUUACAAUGGAAAUCCCAACGAUGAUGAAUUAAAUCAAUCGAUACGUCAGUCACAUACGUACGAUAGAUCCGGCUACAAGCGCGCUUCGAUCCGCGGCCCAUCUAUUCCGUUUCAAAACCAUUCAGUGCAACAGCAUGCAGCUCCGCCGACCAGACAGCAGCUUGCAGCUCGUCAAGCGGUGUCGAGGGACUUGCCCACGUUUUCCGGCAAUCCGGAGGAUUGGCCGAUCUUCUUCUCGUCGUUCAACAGUACAACAUCAAUGUGUGGAUUCUCAAACGAUGAGAAUAUCGUUCGACUGCAGAAGUGUUUAAAGGGUCGUGCAUACGAAGCAGUGAAAAGUAGACUGAUGCACCCGUCCAAUGUUCCGGGAAUAAUCGGAACCCUUCAGAUGAUGUUUGAUUAA